AUGGAUGUAGUAGACCUACUUCUUUCCUACGGUGCUACCAUUACUUGCAAAGAUGUUGCUGGCUACACGGCUGUGGAUUAUGCUCUCCAGUCGGGACACAUUGGCAUUGCCAGGAAACUGGUAGAACGCGCACACUGCGAAAAGACGGGAGAAGCUUCUGCUGAUGCUGCACAAGACACAGCAGUCCCCAGCAGAUUUUGCCCUCUGACGACUGAGCGUUUUCUAUUUCACACACGUGCUUUGGAUGGAGAAGGCGCCCUGCCAGCUGUAGGAGCAGAGCAGGAGGAAGAGGCUGAAUUGCCCACGGAUCACAAGGAUCGAGACAGAGAGCUGCAGCUGGAGCUUCCUGUUGCUCUUCAAAGACUAUUAAGGUUACAAGAAGCCACACGCGAAUAUACUGAGAGCCAGCGCAGUGACAUGGAGAAAGGCAUACAGUACUUGCGAGCACAACUGAACGUAUUUAAAGCUGAGGAUCGAGACAGACAGCUGCAGAUGGAGCUUCCUGGUGCUCCUGAAAGUCUGUCUGUGUCAGAAGCCCCACCUGAGGCUACUGAGAGCCAGCGCAGGGACGAUGAGAAAGAUGCAGAGCGCUUGCGAGAGGAAUUGAGAACGGCUAAAGCUGAGCUCAAAGAACUUUCGCAGCAGCUGGAGAUGAAGUCUGAAAAACGCAGGCAGCUAGAAGCACAAAAUUGCGACCUGCAAGAAGAGCUGUCUGCUCUGCGUGGCUCUCAGGAAAAACUGGAGAAGACCAAUGGCCAGCUGCAAGAAGAGGUGGCAUACCUCAAAGAUCUCCUGAAGACUUCCAAGGUGAGUCUCGUGCAAAAGCAACAGCAUGAGACAGAGAUAAGAAAGGGCCUGAAAAGGAACAAGUGCUCAUAGCAGAAGUCGCAGGACAUAUUUGUAUUUGGGGUCUUGCCCCUCUUUCUUUCUGUGAGGUGUUGUUCUCCACUGGUGCAGAAGUCCCCGUGAAUUGUGUAUGGAGCCUAUGGAAAAGGCUUACAAGCAGAGCACUGUCUUACAGAGGCAAAAUGUCUUAGUACUAGCUCUGAGGUUAAAACGGAGUGCUGAGAACUGGUGUCGUCCAGAUUAAAAUGAACGGUUGACCUGGGGCAGUUUCUGGCUUCUGCCUUGACAACUGCUGGUAGUGAGGAGGCAGAGUGGCCUGCCCUUAGUGAGGCUGAGCCCUUGAAACUGGCUAUGUGAUAGGUAAACAUGAGCUCUGGAUUCUGCAGGAUUUUGUCUUUUUUUUUUUUUUUUUUGUCUGUUAAUGUUCAUGCCUGUGUUGUUCUUUGCCAUGCUGCUUCUUGUAUUGUGAGUUGUCUGUUCUCUCCUUGGUGCUCCUUCUGUUGUCAUACGUAGCAGGUGAACGCAGAUGCAGUUGUCGUUAUGAGUCAAAAUGAACGUGCAGAGCAGUAUCUGUGGGGGCACUCUGAGGGCAGGCUGCUCUGUGGAGGAAGGACGAGCUGAGAGUCACAGCAAGGCUGGCGGGCUCAGUGGCUUCACAGGCCAUGGCACUUUUCAGUUCUGGCAGGUGCAACUCCACCUGUCUGAAGUUGGCUCUGCCCAAGAUCACUUCUGGAGCCCUGUCUUAGGAGUUGAGACAGUGACGUUUUUGUAACUUGCCGCUCACCAGCUGCUGUCUCAGGCCGUCUUUCCCUAGCCAUGGGCACCCUGAUGUCGAGGACCAAGAAGUGCUUUUGAGCUGCCAUGGGUGUCUUGUUCAGUUGCAUGGAACCCUUUAGCUACCUUUCCCCUCGUUACUGAGAGGUGCUGCUAAGGCACACGUGUGCUUUAGAAGGUUCUGUAGAAGGACUCAAGUGCCCUUGUGGUGGCCCAUUCUUAGUCCAAAGGCUCGUAGCAUUCUCGUGGCUUCACUGCCAUUAGAAGAGUGCUGUUAUUUGAGAGGAAAUAGCAUUGUGUGUAGGCACUGUAAAAUGAAGA